AAUCUUUGCCCCUCCCCUUGGCUCCCAAUUUCAAUUUUGACUUUUCCCUGAAACCUCUGGUCAAAUUCCGUAAUUUCGAGCACAGUCAAGGGCCAAUGUUGACAGUACAAACUAUAUAUAUGGUGUCUGAUUGAGUCAGCCUACUUGAUUUUCCAGUUUUCUUCAUCUCCAACUGCUCUCUUCUCUUAUUGUUAAAUCUCUCCCUUUUCUCAGAGUUUAACCAUGGCGAUGCGAACGGUUCUUCCGGGUAACAGUCUUUCGAUGUUCCAGGCUCGGUCUGCUAGCUUCAAGUGCCGGAACAUGUCCCCGCUGAACCCUUCAACCGCAAAAUCUGCAGUGAAACCGAUCACUGCCACGACCAUUUCAACUAGGAAACAUCUCUCCAACCUCGAGAAGCUCCUCCGGAACCAGCCCCUGCUGGCUGCUCAGGAGCCGCAGCCCGCCAAUGAUGAGGGCUCAUCUGAUGGUCUGGAUGCAGCCCGGGCUGGAGGGAUCCUGCACGGCUUGAACUUGGGUCGGAUAUGGCCUGAGAUGAAGGCAGCCGAAGAGAUGUCCCCUAGGAACUUUAACCGGCUCCAGCGGCUCCUUUCUAUGACUCCCCAGUAUUCCCCAAGGAACGACCUUGGAAGCCGGUGGCGGGAGUAUCACGGGAGCCGGGACUGGGCCGGACUGUUGGACCCGCUCGAUGAGAACCUUCGGCGGGAGGUGGUGAGGUACGGGGAGCUCAUACAGGCAGCCUACCACGCGUUCCACUCAAACCCCGAGAUGCCGACUGAUUCUGCUCCGGGACCGCAGCAUGUGGCGGUCCCGGAUAAGUGCUAUAAAGUGACUAAGAGCCUGUAUGCAACAUCAUCCAUCGGCCUGCCCAAAUUGGUCAACGACGUGGCUCCGGGAUGGAUGACUCAGAAGUCUAGCUGGAUAGGAUACGUGGCAGUAUGUGACGACAAGAGGGAGAUCCAGCGGAUGGGACGCAGGGACAUCGUGAUCGCCCUCCGCGGAACAGCUACGUGCCUUGAGUGGGCCGAGAACAUGCGCGCCCAGCUCGUUCAAAUCCCAGGAAUUGAUGAUGAGAACAAUCUUAAAACUAGUGACAAUAGAUCACAGCCUAAGGUGGAAUGCGGGUUCCUGAGCUUACACAAGACCCAGGGGACCAACGUGCCGAGCCUGGCUGAGUCCGUGAUAGAGGAGGUGCGGCGGCUGGUUGAAAUGUAUAAAGGGGAAUCCCUCAGCAUCACCGUCACAGGCCACAGCCUCGGUGCGGCAUUGUCCGUGCUAGUUGCAGAUGACCUAAGCGUGCGCAUUCCCGAUGCCCCGCCAAUCGCGGUGUUCUCUUUCGGGGGCCCACGCGUUGGCAACAGGGAUUUCGCAGACCGAGUCACCGCAAGGAACGUCAAGGUCAUGAGGAUCGUGAACGAUCAAGACCUCAUCACCCGAGUUCCGGGGGUAUUCCUAGGCGAGGAUCUGGAGCAGAAGCUCAAGGACACUGGGGUGAUGAAUGGCAUCUUCGGGGACUACUGCCAUGUCGGGACAGAGCUACGUGUGGACACAAGGAUGUCCCCGUACCUGAAGCCAAGCGCCGACAUGGCGUGCUGCCACGACUUGGAGGCGUACUUGCACCUGGUCGAUGGCUUCUCAGCAUCGAACUGUCCAUUCAGGGCAAACGCAAAGAGGAGUCUGGUGAAACUGCUGAAUGAACAGAGGUCCAACAUGAAGAAACUCUAUACGAGCAAGGCAAAGGCCUUGAGACCCUUGACUCUGAAUCUCGAGACGGCGGAAGGACAUUAUCGACAGUACCCAUUGCCUAGUUGUUUGCCUAGUCCAUCUUAAUAAUAAGUAUUCUCUGAUGAAUUUCAGUGAAUAUUGUCAAUGAUCAUGUUCGCGCUGGUGUGACACUCAGCUUUUUAUGUGGCUCAUCGAUGGAACUUUGUGUAUAGCUUUCAUAUGGACAAAAUCUAUCACUAUGGCAUAACCUAUCUUCUCCAAAGCGCAACUGACAAUUUGUAAAUGUGUUCCGGUAUCAAGCACUAAACACGCAAUGGAAAACAGAUCAACCGUCCAA